AUGUCAUUGACCCACGAUGAUGAGGGCGAGAAGCCCAUUACUACGCUGAAGAUUUUAAUCAUUGGAGAAAGUGGCGUUGGAAAGUCGAGUUUGAUGCUUCGUUUCGUUGAUGACACCUUCGACCCGGAACAAGCUGCUACGAUCGGUGUGGAUUUUCGCGUUACGUCAAUGACACUUGACGGCAAUCGCGUAAAAUUGGCAAUCUGGGACACGGCCGGCCAAGAGCGAUUUCGGACGCUAACACCUUCGUAUUAUCGGGGUGCUCAAGGAGUGAUUUGUGUUUACGACGUCACGUCCCGCCAGUCUUUCGAAAAAUUGGAUCACUGGUUCCAUGAGGUGGACACGUACACGACAAAAUCGGAUGCUGUGAAGAUGAUUGUAGCGAACAAGAUUGAUAUUGCCGGCCGUGAAGUGACCCGCGAGGAGGGCCUGAAAUUCGCGAAGAAGCACCGAGCGCUGUUCAUUGAGGCAUCGGCCAAGACGAAGGAAGGUGUACAGUGCGCGUUCGAGGAAUUAAUUGAGAAGAUUAUCCAAACUCCGGGUCUCUGGGACAACGAUCGACCAGCCUUCCGUUUGGGCCAAGAUACAUCGAGAGGAGAUCCUGGAUUCUGUGGAUGC